ACCAUAUCCAAUCACCGUAUGGCAAUGACCGUAGACGGCAUUGCAACAUACCAUUGACCGCAUCGCACCACGUGCAGCGUGAAACUUCCUUCCUCCAUCCCCUUCGCACCCACGCGGACCCCAUUUUCCGACCAUCCCCAUCCCUGUCCCGUGAAAAACUGUAGGGCAGGAUGCUUCGUUUCCUCAGUUGACGUUGCGUACUCGCGACGAACGGACGUGUCGAGGGGCGGCGAUUUUGUCCUGUAUUUUACGAUACGUAAACGAGAUUUGCAUAUGGUGUGCUUAACUUUACUAACUUUGCCGGCGCGGUGUGAUCAACUUUAGAUCCGAUCUCGUCCGAUGGACCGCAGUGAAUUUUGUAUGAAACGGUUCGCUUAGUGCUAAAGUGAAUUUUAGUAGUGAGUGACGGUUAGUGGUUACACUUAGAUUUGUGUAGUGACAUAGUGAAGUGUUGUGAAUAGUGACAUUGUUUUAUGGAAUGGAGAGCUAAAGAGCCAUGGAGAGAAGGGAAGAGGUACAUAGGCACGGGUGCAGUAUAGCCAAGCAGACGAUUCUGACCACGCACCCAAGUGGCUUGCAGACCAGAGUGUCAGUGGAACUGGCGAAUUUUGAUGCUUUAUGUAUGCAUUCUGAAUUUAAAAGCCCGGCGAAAAGAUCAAUGUGGGAAGGCAGCCCUUUUCUAUCACGCCGCGUUUUAGGCGGGGUUUCGGCUCACGGGACUCCGGUGCUUGGUCGGAGGAGUGAUGCCGUGAACGAAGGGAGGCUGUCGCAGCAAUGUACUCCGGUUAUGAGGAGACGGGAGGUGGACAGUCCUGGGGGGUCGCCGUUGCCGGCGAGGAGGGCGGAGGAGGUGGAAAGUGAUGUGGAUAAUAGUGUCAUCAGUGGCUGGCUGAAGUUUCGGGACAACAAGCGGUGGAAAUCAAGAUGGGGCGUUGUGACGAAACUUUCACCAGCCGCAGACUGUCUCCACCUGCAACUAUACCGCGACCCAAAAGAUCGAUUCAAGAAAGGCCAAACAAAGGCUUCGCUGUCGCUGCAGCAGUUCCUGGGCUUUGAGUCGGGCUUCACUCUCGACAAGGAGUCUAACACCAUCGCCAUUAUCUGCCAGGACGUCAUCGUGGUGUUGGCGUUUGAGACCAGGGAACGACUUAUUGCUUGGCAGGUGAAAGUGGGCAGUCAGCUGGGCUCAUCCAAAGAAUGGCUCGUGAUGAUUGGAGGAGGCUCUCGUAAGCUCCCAGCAGGCCCGGCGAGGUUGCAUCUCCAGGGCAGACGGUUCGCCCUGGCUAGCGGGGUUCCUCCACGUCUGCUGGGUCUUUGGGAAUUGGCGCAUUUGAGACGCUACGGAGUAGUGGAGGGGCGGUUUUGUUUCGAAGGCGGUUCUCACUGCGGCAAAGGUGAAGGCUUGCAUGUCCUCAUCACGGACCAAGCUCAGGACAUAACCGACGGCUUUGAUGUUGCAGCCCAUGGUAACCCGAAAGGACCAGCGUCUAGGAAAAGCGCUGACAGGAAUCGUCCCGACACCCGACUGUCAGAUAUGAACGCAGACCAAUCAUUACCAGACACGGGUCUGUAUGAAGAAAAUUUCUUCGGAGAGGACUGCGGGGGAGUUUCACCCUUUUGGCCUUCGGACGAAAGGCGAGGAUCCGAUGACCAUGACUGCAAAGGAUGCGAAGAAAAUGCAAGGCCUCCGUGGAGCGGAGCUGAUCAUGUUACCUUGGAAAGAUGCAGCAAUUGUGUGACUAAGCUAGGCACAAUGACUCGAUCUUCAACUGUUGCACUUACACCUGGCACUCAAUUCAAUCCAGCGUGGACGAUGGAAGCAGUACCAGGAAGCAGCUCUGACAAUUCUUCAAAUAGCACAGAAUAUUUGACUCCACGAGCAAUAAGGAAGAGCCUAGAAUCAAGUCAGAACAAAGAGUGGGCUCCACAAAGGCCACCGAAGCCUGCGAGGCUGGAAGAAAUAAAAGCACCAGCUCCUUUGCCAGUCACAGCGUGCACCUGUGCUAGUGACAGAACUACAACAGCCAUUGUUAAUAAUCCAAAAGUUGGACCUUAUGAAAACUAUGACGUUCCCAAAGCUACUCAUGUUGAGGUGGAACAUACAAAUGAGUAUUACGAUACACCAAAAAGGAUAAAGAAAGCUCUUGCUGAUGAUCUUUUUCAGGUCACCAAGAAUUCUGUGCCCGGAAAUUUAGUGCUAAAGAAAAAUUGCGGAUGCAUUUUAAAAUUCGGAUCCAAAAAGAAACCGGUUAUAGUUGAAUGUGAUGAAAACAUCCAGCCAGUUGAAUGUCCCUGUCAAAAAGUCACCAACUGGGCAAAUAACUUAAUAAGUCUUCCUUAUUGUAAAAGAAGUGAGACUUAUGAUAAAGUUAAUACAGAAAUUCUCACUAAACAGAAAUCAGAGGAAAUGGCCCUUUAUGCUACUGUUGAUGUGUCACGUAAAACUAAUAGACAAAGUUCAAUAGCCGACAAAGAUAGCGUACAUGAUUGUUACGAAACACCAUUAAUGAACUACGAAAACUUAGGGCCAAAAGGAGAAGAAUUUGAAGAUCCGUACGCCAACUAUGAAAAUCUUGAAUUCGCGUUAUCAUUAGAAUAUUACGAAAAUGCUAAAGAUUUGUUGAAGAAAGCUGGUGUGACACAAAAGGAAUUAGACGCGUUAAGUGCUAAUGUUGAUUUUGCAGAAGUCGCGCUUCCGCCUAAACCAAAACAUUGUGCAAAAUGUGGCCACUCAGCAAAACACCAAACUAUGAAAAAUAAUAAAAGCGACGAAUAUUUACUAAUGGAACCUCCCAAAGAUAUCAAGCGAGACUUAUGUCGAACAACAGGACCAAACCCAGGUUACACCCCAAUGUCACCAAAUCCUAAUUGGUCUCAAAGCCUAAGAUAUCCACUGCAGAAACUGAACAGAGUUGAAAUUGAAAAAUCUUUGAGUAUACCAACGCUAAACGGUGGUGCGAUUAGGGCACAGAGUUUUGAUACAACAUUGAGUAAUAACAAUGAGGAAGCAAUACAAAAACGAUCUAGUUCAGUAGACUCAGCGAGACUACUAGAAGACCUUAAGGAAUUCGAUAGUAGUAUCGGCAGUCACGCAACAUCUUCUUCUUUAGAAACUUUAAGGAACUUAGCAAUUGAAAAUAGAAGAACAUUAUCUCCUUGCGACAACGAGAGAGACUGCUGUGAUCAUGACUGUUGCAAGUCAUCUGAUUCUGAAAACAAAACCUCAGAGGGCAGUUCUAAAGAUGUGCCUCAUUUGAGGAACAAACAUAUGGACAAUGCCCAAAUUAAAAGAUCUUCAAGCGUUCCCUGCAAGUCCGGAGGUAACAGGGACUCAUCCAGUUCAAAUGAUUCAGGAGUCUCAAGUUGCUCAAUGAAACAUGGACCUGAAUUCAAUGAAUUUGAGAUGCCACUGACGUCAGGGCAUUCUAGAUAUCAGUACAUGGCGCAGAGGAGAAUGAGAGGGAAUGCUCCUGGCUGCAUACAUUCCUCUUUGCCCAGGAAGUCAAAGUCAUCAGAUCCGCUAAGAGAUAUGACAAUGCAGAUACAUAAAGCUAUUGUGCCGGCUAAAUCUUCUUCGGCAGAAGCAGAAGUGCCGGUGCUUCCUCCGAAACAAUUUAAAGGAGUUAUGGACACACACAGCACAUCGAGUGGAACAUCUGACAUGUCAGAUUAUAUCGAAACACUUUCACUUACGUCGUCGCAUUCAUCUUCAGAUAACCCAAACUUGAGGUUGGCUCGGCAGCCUACAACAACACUCCGACCACGCUCCGGCAAGGAAUACCACAACCUGGACCCCAUCAUCACCUCCAUGUACAAGAGCGGCAAGGAACUGUCCAACUACACUAACUUACCCUAGAAUAAGAAAGAAGAAAUUGAACAGGAGUUAGAAAG